AUGGCCGAACAGCCUUUCAAGAUUGCAGUGCCGGACGAAGAACUGGACUUGCUCCGGAGAAAGCUGGAUCUUGUGCGGUUCCCGGACGAGCUCGAGGACGCCGGGUGGGACUAUGGCGCGCCUCUGGACGACGUGAAGAAGCUGGUCGCACGCUGGAAAAACGGGUAUGACUGGAGGCGGCAUGAGGCGGAAUUGAAUGAGCUACCCCAGUUCACGAGAGACAUUGAAGUGGAUGGGUUCGGCACUCUCAAUAUCCAUUACUUGCACCAGAAGAGCACAGAAGCGCAUGCAAUCCCACUCUUGUUCGUUCAUGGAUGGCCCGGCGGUUUCUUUGAAGCCAGGAAGAUCCUCCCGCUGCUCACGUCGACUGUCCCGGAGCAGCCUACGUUCCAUGUAGUCGUUCUGGGAUUGCCUGGGUACGGGUUCUCGGAAGCACCGCGCAAGAAAGAAUUUGGCAUCUCUCAGUUCGCGGAGGUUGGGUGUAAGCUCAUGACGGCCCUUGGAUAUGAACAGUUCGGUAACGGUCUGGUCGCUGUCAGUUGGUGCGUGUCUGACGAGAGCUCCGCAUUGAUCGUAGUCACUCAAGGUGGAGAUUGGGGGCAUACGAUUACCCGUAGAAUGGCGAGACUGUAUGGCGGCAAGCAUGUCAAGGCGUGGCACACGAAUAUGCCUCUCGCCGAUCCUCCCCGCCUGAUGAGCGACCCGAUCUUGGCUAUCAAGCAUACUUUGCAUACUAGUACACCCUACAGCCCGUACAAUGAAGCGGAACGUAAACGUCUGGAACGAGGCGAGCAGUUCGCGGCGGUCGGCCGAGGUUACUACCUGGAGCAAAGCACGCAACCCCAGACUCUUGGCUAUAGUCUCGCCGAUUCUCCCGUCGGGUUGCUAGCAUGGAUAUAUGAGAAGAUGGUUAACUGGUCUGAUCAUUACGCAUGGGAUGAUGAUGAAGUCCUAACGUGGAUCUCUAUCUAUUGGUUUUCACGAGCCGGACCAGCCGCCUCGUUACGCAUUUACUAUGAGACUCGAGUCUUAGGCGGUCGCAAUAACCAGCCAAAGGUUAUUGGCGUACCGAUGGGCGUGGCAUACUUCCCGGGGGAACCUGUGGUCACUCCUAAAUCGUGGAUGCACACUGUGGGCGAAGUGAAGUUCUGCACUGAGCACCCGAGCGGUGGGCAUUUCGCGGCGUACGAGCAGCCUGAGGAGCUGGUGACGGCUCUAAGAAAGAUGUUCGGAAAGGGAGGGCCUGCCUUCGGUGUUGUUCCGGGGAAGACAGGGUAUGCUGGCUAA